UCAUCUGCUCAAAGGUGGUGGUGGGGUGGAAAGCAUGUAACAGCCAGUAUAGUUAAGUGGUAAACAGAACAUGAAAAGUAAAGUGUCAAGCUGCAACGAGAAUUCUGAAGUGCAGUCGCCAGCCCAUCCAGGGAAGGCCCCCCCCCCCCCCCCCCCCGGAAGAGGUCCCUGCGGUUGAGACGGGCCUGGAACGAGGCAUAGGAUUGGAUUCUGGGCGUGGGCUCCAGGCCUCCUCACAGUCCUCUGGCACCUUCGCUACCUUUCGGCAGCGGAGGACUUAGCCGGAGGCGGGGCUCAGCGCCAGGAGCCAGGGUGGGAGGUGCCGGCUUCUGGGAGAACUCAAGCAAAAGAAAGCGAGGGCGGCAGCGGCGAAUCAGCGGCCGGCGCGUGCGGCCGCGCGCCCCUCUUGCCCCCCGCGCCCUUCGUGCGCCGCGUACGUGCGGCGGCCGGCUCCGCCCCCGUGGGCGGGCCCUGGAGAAGCCGCGGGCGGCCGGCAGCGGCCCGGGAGCUGCUGCUGCUGCUGCUGCUGCUGCGGCGGCGGCUGCACCCGCGGCGCCGGAGCCGAGGUGGGGACCGGUGUGAGCGCUCGGCAGACGUGUUCGAUCCGCGCGGCUCGGCUGCACUGGCUCCUGCGGCUGCCUAGGCGUCUCGGCUGGUCGGUGCACGGCCUCGGCGAGGAUGCGGCUGUUCUGGUGGCUGCUGAAGCAGCCGGUGCCUAAGCAGAUCGAGCGCUACUCGCGUUUCUCGCCAUCGCCGCUCUCCAUCAAGCAGUUCCUGGACUUCGGGAGAGAUAAUGCGUGUGAGAAGACUUCAUAUAUGUUUCUGCGAAAGGAGCUUCCUGUACGACUGGCUAACACGAUGAGAGAAGUUAAUCUUCUGCCGGAUAACUUGCUUAACCGCCCUUCGGUGGGGUUGGUACAGAGUUGGUAUAUGCAGAGCUUUCUUGAACUCCUAGAAUACGAGAAUAAGAGCCCUGAGGAUCCACAGGUCUUGGAUAACUUUCUGCAAGUUCUGAUUAAAGUCAGAAAUAGACACAAUGAUGUGGUUCCUACAAUGGCACAAGGAGUGAUUGAAUACAAGGAGAAAUUUGGGUUUGAUCCGUUCAUUAGCAGUAACAUCCAGUAUUUUCUGGAUCGGUUCUAUACCAACCGCAUCUCUUUCCGCAUGCUUAUUAACCAGCACACUCUUCUGUUUGGUGGUGAUACUAAUCCGGCUCAUCCUAAACACAUAGGAAGUAUCGAUCCCACCUGUAAUGUGGCUGACGUAGUGAAAGAUGCAUAUGAAACCGCCAAGAUGCUGUGUGAACAGUAUUACCUGGUCGCCCCAGAGCUGGAAGUUGAAGAAUUUAAUGCCAAAGCUCCAGACAAACCUAUUCAGGUAGUUUAUGUGCCCUCUCAUCUGUUUCACAUGCUGUUUGAGUUGUUCAAGAACUCAAUGAGGGCGACAGUCGAACUCUAUGAAGACAGGAAAGAAGCCUACCCGUCUGUUAAAACCCUUGUUACUCUGGGGAAAGAAGACCUAUCCAUUAAGAUAAGUGACCUAGGUGGUGGCGUCCCACUUCGAAAAAUAGACCGUCUUUUUAACUACAUGUAUUCAACUGCUCCUAGACCUAGCCUGGAGCCUACAAGAGCUGCCCCUCUGGCUGGAUUUGGUUACGGCUUGCCAAUUUCUCGCCUUUACGCCAGAUAUUUUCAGGGAGAUCUGAAACUCUAUUCCAUGGAAGGGGUCGGUACUGACGCUGUCAUUUACCUGAAGGCCCUUUCAAGUGAAUCAUUUGAGAGACUUCCAGUUUUUAAUAAGUCUGCCUGGCGUCACUACAAGACCACACCUGAAGCUGACGACUGGAGCAAUCCCAGCAGAGAACCUCGGGAUGCUUCAAAAUAUAAGGCGAAACAGGACAAGAUCAAGACCAAUAGAACUUUGUAGAGAACGGAAUGCAUCUGUCCUCUCUGAAGAAAGAUCGUCUUCUGCAAGUCAACCAGAGAGAACUCUUUUCCUCCACCAACUUUGAGCAAAGCACAUAGUCACUACAGUGCUUGAAUGUCUUAUUUUCUCUACAUGAGCUGGACCUUUUCCAGAGAAACCUUCUGUAGCUGCUCCAUAUCUUCACUAAAGUAGCACCUUGAGCAAUUUUUCAUAGUAUGUUGCUGUGAUUUGGUUGGCGCCUGUCACGAGAGAGCGCAAAGCCUCAUCAGCGCUCUGGUGUCCUCAUACCUCCCUCCUCAUUGUCAUAGAGUCGAGUGUGUACUUUGUCCCCAGGAUUCUAAGCUCCUUCCUCAUUCCAGAUGCAGCCAGUCUCUACUGUUGCUCUUUGUGACCAAAUACCAUGUUUUUCCAAACCACCGACUAAGGCCUGGGUAAUCUGGAAGUUGGAGACACCAGCAGAGCGUGUCUUGAUAAUUCAGUCCCAGGGCCCUUCGUCUCGCAUUUGCGUCCUUCCUCACUCUGUGAUUUUGACUUUGGCCUCCUUCCAUCUGAUCUGAGUGAGGUGUGGCACCUUUCACAUUAGAUCUUACUCUCCGAUGCAUUGAUUUUAUUUUAAAAUUCAUUUGUGUACUUCCCUUCUGUCAAUUAAAGCGUUCCAAAAGGUG